AUGGGAUCGGACAAGAAAAACGUUUACGAGUUCAUGGUCAAAGCCAACAGACCGUACAGUAGCAACGAUGUGUUUUCAAAUCUACAGCGACAUGGUGUCGGAAAGUCGGCCGUGGAAAAAGCUCUCGAUCAGUUGGUGAAGGAUAACAAGAUCUUCAUGAAGUUGAAUGGCAAGCAGAAGAUUUACUGCGUGGUGCAACCGGACUCGACGGGGGAAGACCUAAAUGAAAUCCAGUCGAUUGACGUGGAGUUGAUGAAAAUUAACGAGGAGCUGCGUGAAGUCGAGCGCAAGUGCAAAGAAUCCGAGAUUGAAUUGAAAACGCUCCAGGGCACUUAUAGCACCGAGGAAGCAAAAGAAAAGGUGGCCGAAAUGGAAAAAACCGUAUCCGAACUUAAAUCCCAAGUGGAUCAAAUGUCGAAAGCAAGUGGUGACGUAGUGUCGGCAAAGGAUAGAGGGCAAGUGAAGAAGGAAUACGAAACGGUCACCAAGGAGUAUAGGAAACGCAAACGCAUGUGUACGGACAUAUUGGACUCGAUCUUGGAGAACUGUCCGAAACCAAAGAAAGCUCUUUUCGAAGAAAUCGGAAUCGAAACCGACGAGAGCGUCGGCAUGCCGGCAUUGUGA